AUGGGCUACCCGCCACGCUAUGUUGAGCCGACGAUAACGGAUGACACCUAUUCCAGCAGCUACUUCACUUCAGAGGGAAGGACCCAUCGACCCAGGUUUUCUAAUGACAGCAGUACCGACUCGAAUUUCACCAAGUCGAAUACCGUACAAUGGGUCAAAUACGGCAUCUUUUUCAGCAAUGUCGUAUUUGCGGUGGUCGGUACCGUCAUCCUCGUCAUGGGCGCCUGGCUACGGAUAGACAGUCGGUUCAGAGAUUUUUUGAGUGAACGGUAUCGUCGCGUAGUCGAAGAAGCAUUUUGGGAAGCGCCAACCCUCUACGUUUUCUCCUACAUUCUUAUCGUCCUCGGCGCGUUCAUGAUAGUCGUGUCGGUCAUUGGCUGUUGCGGCGCCAACGUCAAUGCCAAACCGUUCAUGGUUGUCUACACGGUAUUCGUGUUUAUCCUGCUGAUUUUCACCCUCAGCUCUGGCAUCUAUUUGCUCUACAAGCGCGAGGGGGACGCCUUGAACUAUAUGGUACAACAUUACUACCAGGGCCCAGGCAUUGUUCAAGAGAGUCUUGAUCAUCUUCAGCAGACGUUCAGAUGUUGUGGAAAUGCCGGCUGCUCCGAUUUUCGAGUGUUCCGUCAAGAUCCACCCCGAACGUGUGAUAUUCGAUGUGACGGAUGCCAUUUUCGAAUAUGGAACGCGCUACGCAUCGGUUUCGGCGCGGCGUGCGUUGUAUUUUUCUUCGUGUUGCUGUGCCAAUCGCUUACCGUCGUGAUAACCCUCUAUCUGAUCCUACGCCCCGAUACGCACGUUCGCGUCACCUACUACAAAACCAGAAAAUACAUGGCCCCACCGCCGCUGACGAGGGAAGUGCUGAAGCGCCAUGAGAUGCCCUAUGUUUUGAGGAGUCAUCGGAGGGCCAUU